ACACCCAUACAUACGCUCUCCCUGUCGGUCACGUGACACGGGAAGGAAAGGAAGGAAAAAGGGCAAGAAGGAAGAGAAACGGGAAAAAAACAACAAACAACUGGAGGUCAGUGUCCACAACAGCUGGAGCCAUCACUUGGAGACAAAAGAAGAUGUCAGGUAAUUGGCUCCAGAUGUGAUGGGAGGACAGCGCUGGUGGACAUGAGAUAAAUAAGUAAAUAAUCUACCGAGGAAAAGGAGGAGAAGAUGAAGCUGAACGAACGCAGCGUGGCGCACUACGCCACCUGUGACUCGCCGCCAGACAAGACGGGCUUCCUGUUCAAAAAGGGUGAGCGCAACACGGCCUAUCACCGGCGCUGGUUUGUCCUGAAGGGUAACAUGCUCUUCUACUUUGAGGAGCGCGACAGCCGAGAACCCAUUGGCGUCAUCGUCCUUGAGGGAUGCACCGUGGAGCUGUGCGAGUCAGCCGAGGAGUUCGCUUUCGCUAUCAAGUUUGACUGUGCCAAAGCGCGGGUGUACAAGAUGGCUGCUGAGAACCAAGCAGCCAUGGAGUCCUGGGUGAAAGCACUGUCAAGGGCCAGCUUUGACUACAUGAGGCUGGUGGUGAAGGAGCUGGAGAGGCAGUUGGAGGAGAUCCAAGAGGCUGCAGGAGGUGGUGUCGGGGCAGGAGUUGGAGGCCUGCAGGGCAGGUCGAAGUCUUCCAGGAGGAACCAGGUGGCGCGUUGCAGAUCUGGGGCAUCUACUUCUUCUUCAUCAUCUUUAUCUUCCUUAUCAUCGUCAUCAUCAAGUGCUCCUCCCAUGUCAACCCCUGUCUGUGCCCAAAAAAGCCUCCAGGAUGAGGUGCAGCUCAUCACAGAGGGUUCCAAGGAGAAUGGAGUUGCAUGGAGUAAACCGCCAGUUGCCUUAGCGAACGGCUUUGGUGAGGCAGCAUCUUCCUGUGCGGCCUGGGAAGGAUGCACAGACUCUGGGAAUAACACUGUGAUUGGCAGCGGGGCUCCACCAGUGCCACCCAGGAGAAGAGGAGCAUCUCUGGAAAGCCCUGUCUCACCUGGCACCGGGUGCUUCUCCAAACUCCAUGACUGGUAUGGCAAAGAGGUAGAGGAACUGAGAGUGCAGUGGCUGCAGAGCCAGUAAACUGAUGGAGAUGGAUCAUCUCGUUUCCACAGUUUUAUCAUUCCUCCAUCGAUAUUCUGUUUCACCCUUCCGAAACCAACAGAAGGAUGAGAAAACUGAGACCUGUUUUCAAAUUGCAAUCUUGUCACAAAUGAAAAAGACCUAAAAAAAAAAAAAAAUUAGACUGGUUCCAGAUCUUGUCUGGCACAGGGGAAUCAGUCCGUCUUAAACAUUAACACUAUCCAUUGCACAAUCCAAGAAAUUUUAAAACCCAAAAUAUGCUUUUUUCCACAGUUUUGCUGAGUGUCAUUUGCCAAGGACAAUUAAAUGAAUACAAUAUUUAAAAACGUAGUCAUUCAUUAAAAGCAUCAGUUUUUCUAACAAGAUGCUGAGUUUGCCCUCGUAGAUAAAACUUGUUCUAUCAUAUUGCCAGUGUUAUCUUCCAAAUAUUGUUCUGGAUUUCUUUAAGCUAUGGGAACCUUGAUCUAAACUGAUUUUAUAAAUAUAUACAAACUUCUGUGCUACGCAUUUAAAAAAUACCAAAAAACAACAAUUAGCUGUUUUUUCUGAUGGCAGAGAAAAGCCCUGGAUGGUUGUUAUAUGCAAAUAAAAUAAGAAUGUCGAAUAAAUAACAAUCUAAACAUUGCACACACAAAAAUGUAAAUAUUGAUUAAAAAA